AAUAUAUGUCAAAUUCUCUAGAUGCCAAAUUGCAUUGGCAGCACUGUUUGUGGAAAAUCUGUCUCUUUCUCGACCUUUUUACUCGUAAUUAGUCGAAAAAUUUAACAAUCGAAAAAUAUGCAGUUAACUAAAAGACACUUUGUAUUAGCUUCGAAAUGGAUGCCAAGUGCAAUGACCUACGGAGCUGCCGCAACGCUAGCGGUAUUAUAUUUCACUGACUGGAAGUACGUGUUACGGCAUGUGCCAAUCUAUGGUAGCAAGUUCGAACAAUAGGCCAUUAAGCAGGCAGUGGCAUCACUUCUCCGCUGGAUUAUGUAACAAUCCUGCAGGAAUGAUAGAGAAUAUUGUAUCAUGCUAUUUACAUGUUUCCUCUUUAUUUAAAUAAAAAUGAAGAUAAAGUA